AUGAGCGUCAUCCUCUGCACUGCGGGUUAUGACCAUACCAUUCGCUUCUGGGAAGCGCUCUCAGGGAUAUGUUCUCGUACCAUCCAGCACCCCGAUUCACAAGUGAAUCGUCUCUGCAUCACCCCCGAUAAACGAUACCUUGCAGCAGCUGGCCACAAUAAUGUCAAACUCUACGAUAUCAAGUCGACCAAUCCUAACCCUGUCAUGACGUUCGAGGGUCACACCAACAACAUCACUGGAGUUGCGUUUCACUGUGAGGGUAAAUGGAUGGUGACUAGUUCCGAGGAUGGCACUGUUAAGGUGUGGGAUACUCGUACUGGGAGUCUCCAGCGUAACUAUGUCCACAAGGCUGCCGUCAAUGAUGUCGUGAUUCAUCCGAACCAGGGGGAGUUGAUUAGCGGCGAUCGCGCUGGCAUUGUCCGCGUCUGGGAUCUCGGCGAAAGCGUCUGCACCCACCAGUUGAUCCCAGAGGACGACGUUGCGGUUCAUAGCGUCAGCGUUGCCAGUGAUGGCUCUCUCCUGUGUGCUGGUAAUAAGAAGGGAAAUGUUUACAUUUGGCGCAUGAUCCAAGACGCAGAGCUUACGCGUAUCAUUCCAAUUUGCACCUUCCAAGCUCAUAAGGACUACUUAACCCGCCUUCUGUUGUCUCCUGACGUGAAGCAUCUAGCGACCUGCUCUGCUGACCAUACUGCUAAAGUUUGGAAUCUUGACCUGGACUACCCGCCAGCCAAGGCUGCCGCUGCGCAGGCCGCUGCCAAACCUGAUGCCAAUACCAGCGCGGGCCCCGAAGUCAAUGCAGGCACUCCUACCAGCGGUGCCACUGGUAACAACGGUGAAAAUCCAAAGCCUGUGAAUAAAGAAGCCAAUCAGCGUGAACUCAACCCCUUUCACAUGGUCGAAGGCAUAAGUGGGCCAAUUCAUGAGCCUCAGCCCACCCUGGCCUUCCCCGUGCAGCCGGACGGGCCUCCCAUGGAUCCUACUAUGAAAACUCUCUACCUAGAGACCACCCUUGCCAACCACCAGCGCUGGGUGUGGGACUGCGCGUUUUCAGCCGACUCAGCGUACCUAGUGACUGUGUCGAGCGACCACUACGCGCGUCUGUGGGAACUGGCGUCCGGUCAAAUCAUUCGCCAGUAUAGCGGACACCACCGGGGUGCGGUCUGCGUCGCGCUGAACGACUACUCGGAGCCUCGCUAG